CUUUUUUAAAUUUACUUUUGUUUUUUCGUGUCACUCCUCUUCAAGACACUGUUCUUCCCUCUCUCUCUCCCCCACUCUCGGUCUAAACUCCAAACCCUCUUUCUCAGUUCAAAACCAACAACAGAGUGCAGAAAACGCACCAUCUCCAUUGCAGCACACACAUGGGGGCUUCUGAAAACAAUUUCCUCCACGUCAUUGCCAAGAACUUCGAUGUUCUUGCACUGCCCUUGGUUACCCUCGUUUACCCUUUAUAUGCUUCAAUCCAGGCCAUAGAGACCAGGUCAAUUGCUGAUGACCAACAAUGGCUCACAUAUUGGGUUCUCUAUUCUUUGAUAACUCUCUUUGAGCUCACUUUUGCCAAAGUUCUUGAAGUGCUUGCCAUAUGGCCCUAUGCCAAGUUGAUACUUAGUUGCUGGUUGGUUCUUCCACACUUUAAUGGCGCAGCGCAUGUUUAUAAGCAAUACAUUAGACCUUUCUAUAUGAACCCACAACUUCCGCACCUGCCGCAGAUGCCACGAACUUCUCACAUGUGGUAUGUUCCAAGAAAGAACAUAUUCAGCAAGCAAGACGAUGUUUUGACUGCGGCUGAGAGAUACAUGGAAGAGCAUGGAACAGAAGCCUUUGAAAGACUCAUAAGCAGGGAUAGAGAAGCUAGAGCAAGGCAUCAUGGAGCAUACACAAAUGGAAAUUACACAAUCUUCAAUGAUGAUUUUAUAUAUUAGACUUUGUUAACACAAAUUUCUCUCAUUUGUGGCAUUGUCAGUUGCAUAUAUUUUAGUAGUUGUAUAAUGGUAUGAGAUACAAACGCUUUUACUGACCUUAAUUUCCUUUACAUUAAUUUUUCAAUAGGCAUCUACCUAGUACAUUGAGAUAGCUUAAGUUCUUAUGCACAAGGUAUGUACUAUGUAGUGAUCUAAUUUUGUUAAGCUUUAUUUUUUUGUUCUCCUUUCUUAUCGAAGUAAAGUUCAGACAUGAGAUCGAUUUCCUAGUUCCUAGUACUCACCAGUGAAUUUCACUUUCUACUGAAACUCGGUGAAAGCCAGAGUUGAGAUACUAGAAGUUAAACAACUCCAUCACAGAACAAAUCAGAUUGAGACUAUGGUCUUUCUACUUAAUGCAAGAUUCAAAGAGUUCAAGCCAGAAUGCUGCCAUAAUAUAAGCAGAGAGGGUAUUCACUCUCUACUAUUAUAGCAUUCAGAAACUAUAACCUCACGUGGUGGGCAUGUGUCUGAACGGAGUUUGAAGCCAUGUAUUAUGGACAAUAUUCUCUUGGAGGGACCUUUAUGUGCAUAAUAUAAUAGCGCAGGCAGCAUCAGAUCCCAAAGAUGCCGCUACCGGCUAGCAUAGAAUUAUUUGUUUCAACAUUUUCCAUGUUGGUUUUCAAUAGCUGAAAAUUUUGUUGAAAUAU